GGGACAGGGGGAACCGCAGAGGAGGGGCCAGCGUUGUGAAUGGUUCUGGUCUGCGGUCAAAGGGGCCGAUGCAGUCACCGGUCUGCCUGGUCAGACUCGUCCUUCGCCUCGAGCCAAGUUUGUCGCCACGAGCACGUCUCUAUUGUGAGCGGGCAGCAGCUCCCUCUGCAGGGGGCCCGGCUGCUGCUGCUGAAAGGGACGUCCUGAACUGCUCCUGAGAGUCAGACCUCAGACUUCUGCCUGCCGAGUAAUCGGGUCUCUGCUCGGAUCUCUGUCAGCAGCUCUGAACAUCUUUUAUUUUACAUCAAAGCUACAGAAGAUACUGCAUGUAUUUGCAGUUUACCUGCCAAGAUGAGACUGACGUUUGGGACUCUGCCCAUCAAGGAGAACCCUUGUGACUCUCUGUCUAGUGUCACUGUCGCUCUGUGCCUUCUCACCCUCCUCCUGAUGGCCCUCAGGGGUCGAAAAAGCCACCAGCAUUACUCUCAGCUAGACCACACAAAAUACCCCCCUCCUCCUGGGCCCACGCCGUGGCCUCUCAUCGGCAAUCUGCUCCAGAUGGGGGACCAGAUUCAUCUUUCUCUAACUCGCCUGAGGCUCCAAUAUGGCGACGUUUUCAAGAUGCGUCUGGGCUUUUUGACCGUUGUCGUCCUGAGUGGAUACAACACCAUCAGACAGGCGUUGGUUCGGCAGGGAGAAGCUUUUGCUGGGCGACCCGACCUGUUCACCUUUUCUGCUGUGGCCAACGGGACAAGUAUGACCUUCAGUGAGAAAUAUGGACCAGCCUGGAAGCUCCAUAAGAAGCUGUGCAAAAACGCCCUCAGGUCUUUCUCCCAGGCUGAGCCCCGAGGGUCCGGAUCCACCUGCCUGCUGGAGGAACAUGUCUGUGCUGAGGCAGCUGAGAUGGUGGAGGUGAUUCGGGAACAGGCUGCUGCUAAAGGGGAGGUGACGGGCGUUGAUCCGGUGAUGCCCCUGGUAACAUCAGUGGCGAAUGUUGUCUGUGCCCUCUGUUUCGGGAAAAGGUAUGACUACAAUGACAAGGAGUUCCUCACUAUUGUUCACAUCAACAACGAGGUGCUGAGGAUCUUUGCAGCAGGGAACCUGGCUGAUUUUUUCCCUGUGUUCCGCUACCUUCCAAGUCCAUCUCUGAGGAAGAUGGUCCAGCACAUCCACAGGAUGAAUGGAUUCAUGGAGCGAAGCAUCGAGGAUCACAUCAACACCUUUGACAAGAGCUGCAUCCGGGACAUUACAGACGCUCUGAUUGCACUUUGUGAGGACAGAGAGGAAAACAAGGACAUGCUCUCCGACUCCCAGAUCAUUCACAGCGUCAUUGACAUCUUCGGAGCAGGAUUUGACACCAUCAUUGCCGGUUUACAGUGGAGCCUGUUGUACCUGAUCAAGUUUCCUGCCAUCCAGGACAGAAUACACCAGGAGAUAGACAACCACAUCGGCACAGCCAGACUGCCCAGGUUUUCAGACAAGCCCAAGAUGCCUUUCACGGAGGCGUUCUUAUAUGAAGUGUUUCGUCAUGCUUCUUACGUCCCGUUUACCAUUCCUCACUGCACCACGAGAAACAUCACCCUGAAUGGAUAUUUCAUUCCCAAAGACACAUGUGUCUUCAUUAACCAGUACCAAGUCAAUCAUGACAUUGAUCUUUGGGGCGACCCGGACACAUUUCGCCCUGAACGCUUCCUGGGACCAUCAGGACUCCUCAACAAGGAGCUGACAGAGAAGGUUCUCAUCUUUGGCAUGGGGAAGAGACGCUGUCUCGGUGAUGGAUUUGCCCGCCUGGAGAUGUUUGUCUUCCUCACCACGCUGCUCCACGGCCUGCGUAUUGAAAAUGUUCCAGGGCAGGAGCUGGAUCUCAGCACCGACUUCGGUCUGACAAUGAAACCGCGUCCAUACAGGAUUACCAUCUCGUCCAGGUUUUAGACUGAUAAAAAAGCAAAUGAUACUCUCUGUGGAGGUUUUGGAAUAAAACAACACUAAUAAUACCUAUAAUUAUUAUUAUUAGCCACCAUAUUUGGCUAACCUUAAUGAAGCCACAGAGAUACAGUAGGCCUACCUCUCGUUAUUGCUAACAGACAGGAGUUUCUGCAAAUGUGUUGAAGUACACACAAAAAGGGAAAUAUACUGUAUGUACAAAUGUGUUUUUAAGAUUUUAGAAAUCAGUAAUAGUAUUAAACAUGAACUAACUUCAUGUUUGUAUUGCACACAGUUUUUAUGACAAUCGAGGGUCAUUUGAAGUGCUUCUGUGCUCGUACUUUGAAAGGGUCCCUCCGCCUUCCUGUCCCAACUCAUUAAAAAUGAAACAAGCUUGAAAA